GUCAGCGGAGUUAUCAGUCAAAACAAAAUGGAGGGAAGUUUUGGUUUGAUAUCCGAUCAAUUGUUCUAAAUUCGAUUGAUUAAAGAUGACUAUUGUAGAAUAAAACGACCAUAAGGAUGUUUGGGAACUUCAGGGAGCGUUUUCAGACUGUCAGACACGAUGUGACGCAAGGAUGGAAGUCAAUCGCAGAUAAAGCAAAGUCUGUCAACAAAACUAUCGUCAGAAAUACCACUCUGAUAACUGAUGAACUGGUGGUACUUGAAGGGGAAGACCAGUGCUUUAGUUGUGAGUUGGAGGCUGGCUCAGAGAUUCUUUCCAAGUAUCAGAAGGACUGGGUGGAUCUUCAUGAAGCUUCAAGUUCUUGUGCACAAGAAGCUGAGAACGUUGACCAGAAAAUCAACAAUGCACUGAAAAGAACAACAGAGCUGCGCAAUGUGAUAACCAUAUUACAUGGUGAGCUUGAAAGAUUACCUGACAUCAUUAAACAAGUGCAGGAUGCUUCUGCUAGUGUUGAUGCUAUUAGCAGUCAGACUGAAGUCCUUGAAGGACUGCUGUUGGACUUAGAGGAGGUCUGUGAAAACCUGGAUUUGGAGAGAAGAAAAACAGGGCAGAGACUGAAUAUGAUAGUGAUGCAACAAACAAAACUGGAUAAUUUGGAGAAAUUGAAAGAGGAUCUUGAGAUCGAGCAUGAGUUGAAAAAUCAGAAGAAAGAGUUCUUGGAAAGACAAGAGUCUGUAGAGAAACAGAAAGUCUAUGAAGAUGCCUUUAUUGAGCAAAUGAACUACUACAUACAGUUUGGCCACACUGAAGAACCGAUCUCGACAUUGUCUGAGGCCGGCAGUUCUCUGGCAGACAUCAAGCUAGAUGUUGGAACAUUGGAUAAGGAGUUAGAUGAUUUCCUAGGGCCAGAGGACAAUACAACAGACCCAUCAAUUCCAGCUAAAGUUGCUGAUAGAACUAAGCACAAACGCAAGAAAAACAGUAGCCUAAAGGAAGCCAAAAAUCAACAGAAAAAUACAAGUUCUAAGAAACCAAUCCAAAAAUCCAGUGCUCCAGUUCCGACUUCUAAAGCCACCGACGGUUCAUCGACCACAGACGACAAACUAUCGAUGACAACAGAAGAAACUAUGACUGUAGACGAGAAGUUAAUCAAUGAAACCGAUCAAUCAUCGACUAUUGCUGACUCAAAAGAAACACAACCCUCACAAGACUAAGUUCACUGUACAUAAAAAAAUAACGACGAAGAAAAUUAGGCCAUUUCACUUGACAUCAAAUACGGAAAGAGAAAUCUAUAAUUAUCAGUUACAGUUUAAUUACAGUUAUCGUGAAUCUGAUUGGUUCCCAAAAGGUCAAUAUCCGCGAGAUAUUGAAUACCGCCAAGCCCGCAACGCGCGCAUGCCCAAGAUUUCAUAUUUUAGCCAAUCCGUCAUCAUAUGAAUCAUUAAAAAAUAAAUAAAAAAGAUUUGACAAGCUAGUGCCUUGCUUUUCAAGGGUUCUCGUACCGCUUAGUACAGAAAGCAUGUUACGAAGUAAUAUAAAUGGAUCAGAAUUAAAUGAACUAGAUUAAUCCAA